AAGCAAAAGAGACACUCCCUCCCCCCUCCCUCUCGGUCGCUCCCGCUCGCCACCACCACCGCCUCGCAGCUCCAAACCCUAGUCCCAAUUCCCAAACCCCAGCGUUAAUGUCCAUGGAGAACCCCGGGCCGCUCCCCCCUGCCAUCACCCCUCCCAUGGCUCCCCUCCCCGUCCACCCGCCCAUCGCUCCCAUCCCCAUCCCCGUCCCACCCUCCACAUCCGCCGCUGCGGACGAUGACGAGGUCGACUACGAGGUCUCCGACGACCACCGCGCCGCGCGGGAGCGCCACGAGCGCGCCGUACAGGAGCUCCUGCAGCGUCGACGCGCCUACGCCAUGGCCGUGCCCACCAACGACUCCGCCGUGCGCGCGCGCCUCCGCCGUCUCGGCGAGCCCAUCACGCUCUUCGGCGAGCGCGAGAUGGAGCGCCGCGACCGCCUACGCGCACUCAUGGUCCGCCUCGAGGCCGACGGCCAGUUCGACCGCCUCCUCCGCGUGCAGGAGGACGAGCAGGGAGCCCCGGGCGACGACGACGACAUGGAGCAGAUCCAGUACCCUUUCUUCACUGAGGGGACCAACCAACUGCUCCAGGCGCGCGUUGAUAUAGCUAUGUACUCACUGCCCCGCGCUAAGGCCAGGGUCGACAGGGCCAAGCGCCGCCUCGCUGACCUCGACGAGGACCCCGAGGCAGAGGCCGACCUUGUUGUCAAGCAGGCGGGGGACUUCGUGCUUGAGUGCAGCGAGAUUGGAGAUGACCGCCCGCUCACCGGCUGCUCCUUCUCCCGCGAUGCCUCAAUGCUCGCCACAAGCUCCUGGAGCGGGAUACUCAAAGUAUGGAGCAUGCCACAGAUAACUAAAAUUGCAACCCUGAAAGGUCAUACAGAACGUGCAACUGAUGUUGCCUUCUCUCCAGUUGAUAACUGCUUAGCGACAGCCUCAGCUGAUAAAACUGCCAAAUUAUGGAACAGUGAUGGGUCACUCCUAAUGUCUUUUGAUGGCCACCUGGAUCGUCUUGCUCGCGUUGCUUUUCAUCCAUCUGGAAAGUACCUUGGUACAGCUAGCUUUGACAAGACCUGGAGAUUGUGGGACAUCAAUACUGGAACUGAACUUCUGCUCCAAGAGGGACAUAGCAGAAGUGUAUAUGGUGUUAGUUUUCAUCCAGAUGGUUCUUUAGCUGCAUCUUGUGGGCUUGAUGCGAAUGCUCGAGUUUGGGAUCUAAGGUCAGGAAGAUUGUACUGUACCCUCAUUGGACAUGUGAAACCUGUCCUAGGAGUCGGCUUCUCCCCUAAUGGUCAUCUAGUUGCAACUGCAAGCGAAGACAAUUUCUGUCGAAUAUGGGAUUUGAGGACCAGACAAAUGUUAUAUUCUAUACCGGCACAUAAGAGUCUCAUCUCGCAUGUGAAAUUUGAACCCCAGGAGGGUUAUUAUUUAGCGACAUCUUCCUAUGACACUAAAGCAGCGCUAUGGUCAACUCGGGAUUACAAACCAAUUAAAUGCUUGGCAGGCCAUGAGUCAAAGGUUACUAGUCUGGAUAUUAGUGGAGAUCAAGAGCCGUCCGGCGGGGAGAAGGCAGGGUGUCACCGACAGGAGCGCAUCGCGUAGCACCACUGCAUUCCGCCGGCCGCCGCGAGGGCGCCUCUGCUGGUCGCUCUUGCGACCACUUUCAGGUGGCCAUACACAUGCACUCCUUUUGUCCAGAUGGUGUCCAUGGGAUCCAGGUGGCUGUUCACGUGCACGUCACGUCCGACGUGCGGAUGGUGUUUUUUUGUUAAGGGGUCCAAAAUAAAGCGUCCCAGUUCAUUUCAUGUUGAGAGUAAUAAAACAAGUCGAGAUGUAAAAGGCUUGUUUUUAGGUGUUGGGUUUGUGUUGCGUCGAGUCAUGGUUAUAAGUUGGUUAGGCUGCAGCUCGAGGACAAGCUGCAUGUCCAGGUGGGGUGUAGUGUUAGAGUACGUAAUGGGUCUAAUGGGCCUGGGCUGGCGGUAUAGCCCGUUAGUCUUAGGGUUAAUUAGAGAUAAGGGUCGCUUGCUUAGGGGUCAAGUAAGCCUUGCUUGGGAGUCAAGUAAACCUCUCUAUAUAAAGAGAGAAAAUGUAUCAAUCUAAUUAAGCAAGAAUUAAGAAGGAAA